UCUUCAUGGAUAGACAGAGAUGACACUAGUGGUACUGGAGACUGGGAGGAUAGAGAGAACCUCGAGAAGGGACUGGGUGCGGUGAUGCCAUGCCAGAAUCCACUAGCAAUAGACUGCAGGACAGUACGAACCCAUAUUCCUGCUUCGCAAACUGGCCAGGUGUUUAAAAAAGCUGCUGAUUGUUCAGUAGAAGGUGGACUGGUGUGUGUCAACAAUGAACAAAGACCAGGUUCUCGAUGUCUUGACUAUGAAAUUAGGUUCCUCUGCCCAAUGAAUACACCAACAGCGUCCUGGUCUUCAUGGAUAGACAGAGAUGAUGCUAGUGGUACUGGUGAUUGGGAGGAUAGAGAGAACCUUGAAAACGGACUGGGUGCGUCCAUGCCAUGUCAGAAUCCAAUAGCAAUAGGAUGCAGGACCGUAGGAACCCAUAUUCCUGCUUCGAAAACUAACCAGGUGUUUAUGACAACAGCUGACUGCUCGGUUCAAGGCGGACUUGUGUGUCGGAACAGUGAUCAGACAGGUGGCUUUGGAUGUCUGGACUAUGAAGUGAGAUAUCUCUGCCCGAAAUAAGGAAAAGGAAGUAUCAAAUGAACGUGCACUGAACAGAACCACUUGCACGGACGAUAUGUUUUUUUAGAAUCUCAACACCUCAAAACGUCAGGAUUCGAUUAAUAUAGAAUUGUUCCCAAAACUUUGAUUAUCUUGGAUACUAGAUAAUUUUUCGAAUGGCAUAGAAGAAAUAAAUUGUGCUAGUCAAUACAGUGUCGCUAUAUGUUCUUAAACGUGAU